CCAGGCCCUCUCCCAGGACUUCUCCUGACACGUCUCCAGCUGGCCAGGCUGAGUUGAAGAUCCCUCUUAUUUCCCGGAUGCCAAGAACUAUGAACAGUCCGGGUAAUAAAAGGACAACAAAAGAAGGAUCCAGUGAUUUGAAAUUCCAGAACUUCUCUCUGCCAAAAAAUAGGUCAUGGCCUCGUCUCAGCGCUGCCAAAGGCCAGUGCCACAGCCUCAAGGAGCCCCCAGCGGCCCGCAGCCACCCACGCCCCCUCCCCAGCGCAAACUCCUCCGCUUCCUGCAAACAAAGGAACUUGGCUGCAGUCCUGAGCAGAGCCGCGUACCCCAUUGAUGACAAUUACGAAGACCCAGAGCUUCAGCUGGCAGAAGCGUGGACGACCAUGAAGAUUUUACCAGCCAGGCCACUAAAGGAAUCUGAGUAUGCAGACACACGCCAUUUCAAGGCGGUGAUGGACGACCCCCUCCCGUCACCGCCAGACCAGCAAGGCCGGAGCAGGCAGAUGAAGCAAGAGCUACUGAAGAAACGAGAUUCAGAGAUUCCUUUACCACCUCCUCGGCCUCCCCUCACUCUCCCAAAGAAGUACCAGUCCUUACCCACAGCACCCCCUGAGACCCCAGUAUCAGCCCUGGACAACUGCACACCUUGCCAUACCUUUCCAGAAGCCCCAAGAGGCCCCAGGCAGAUAAGCCUGAAAGACUUCAGUAAAGUCGUUGGAGUGGAUGAAGAUUCUCAUCAUCUGACAAGGCUAGUGCCAUCUUACCCCUCUCAGAACACUCAGAAGAUUGCAGCUGCCAUUGCUAGCUCUUCAUUCAUGCCAAACAGCUGCAAUAUGCAAGACAGAGAUCAUAAAGGCAGCACGCGCUCCUGCUCUAUGCAGAGAUGCCCAUCUCCAGCCACUGAUGGCCCUUGUGAAAACAUGCUGCCUCAUAAAAACACCAGCCAGAGAGAACCUGUCCCCACCAUGUUGGAUGCAAAGGAGCUCCAGCACCAAGAAUGGUACGUUGGAGAAUGCAGCCGCCAGGCCGUGGAAGAGGCCCUGAUGAAGGAGAGCAAGGAUGGCACUUUCUUGGUUCGAGAUUGUUCCACAAAAUCCAGGGCAGAGCCCUACGUGUUGGUAGUGUUUCAUGGAAACAAAGUGUACAAUGUGAAGAUCCGCUUCCUGGAGAAGGAUCAGAAGUUCGCUCUGGGGACGGGCCUCAGGGGAGACAAGAAGUUUGACUCUGUGGAAGACAUGACUGAAUACUACAAGUACUUCCCUAUUGUGUUAAUUGAUGGGAAAGAUAAAACGGGGCGUCACAGGGAGGAAUGCUACCUCACUCAGCCCCUCCCCCUCGGCACACACGUCGCCCCUCGGUAGCCCAAGCCUUGUUUUAUCCUCAGGUCAGUAGAUUCAAGACUUCUAUCAGUUUGCAUGUAUUUCAGAUGACUAUUUUCUGUAUCUUCAAGAGAUGACUUUUAUCACUUUGUACAAAGAGAAGCAUUCUGUGAUGGAAACUGGAAGCUAAAGUCAAGGAAGUAUUUAUGACUUCCAAAGAUGGGAUCCCUGCUCUUCAGGAGGCUGAGAUCUGAAGGUCAUGAUUCAAAGUUGGCCCACACAGAAACACCUCUGAGACUCUUAUCUCUCAA